AUGCAGCAUGUCCUUGUGGACCUAUCGUUCUCUGUCUCGGAUGUCCGACCGGUGAGAACAAUGUGGCAAAGUUUUUUGACACAGCUUUUCGAAGGAAAGUCCAAGUGCUAA